GUGCAUGAUACCGUUGAUAUAUGUGGGUUAUUUACCCCUUCUUGGGAGCUAUCUGACAACAAUGUACUUCGCAGUGGCUUUAGAUGGAAAUCAUGAACCCCUACUCUUAGCAGUUGGUUUGGGAACCUUAGAGUGUGAAGAAUCAUGGAGAUGGUUCAUGAUGAGGUUAAAAGAUUGUUUAGGUGAGGACAUAGAGGUUGGUUUCAUAAGAAACCUAUGUGAUAAAAUAGACUUUGGUGUUCAGAGUGCCUACCCGGAUUCCUAUCAUGGAUAUUCUCCUAAAGAUAUAGCUCGAAAAAUAUGUGAGUUUGUCGGACAUAACAAUACGGAAGUCGAAUCGUUGUCUUGGAAGUCAUGCAAUGCAUAUAGCGUUGAUGAUUUUUACUUGUGUUUGGAAAGGUUGCAAAGUACAUGUAAGAAACCACCUUUCUACACCUUGCUUAGGAGUUCAAUUUACUGGCUUGACGAUAUACCGAUUUCAAAAUGGACACGAGAAUUUUUCCCAAAAGUACGUUACAAUGUUAAAUCGAUUGACGUCCCUGAAAUUUUGCAAGUUAUAUCCACAUGUGAGUUUCCUAUAACAACGAUAAUUAAGUUAAUCACUACGUCGAUACAAUCAAAGUAUGGUGAAUGGGCUGAAGUGGCAGGGAGGUUGUCUGGUGGGUUGACCCCUUAUGUUGAGAGUAAGGUUCAAAAACGUGUCAACAAGUCUUAUAAUUGGAAGGCAAGACGUUUGUAUGGGGAUACAUUUGAAGUCGAUGACAAUUUUGCCACCACCAACGUACAACUUGAACAAAGGGUAUGUAGUUGGGGUAAAUGGUAAAAAAAACGGUAUACCAUGUGGCCACGCUAUAGCAUGUCUAAGAACCCAUACAUCUGAAGCCAUUCACAGAAUGGUUGAUUACAAGUUCACUAAUUUUGUGUAUCGACUUGCAUAUGGAUCUGAGUUGGUGAAUACUAUACCAUCACAUGUGCUUUGGGAAAUACCAAAUGAAACGAUGGUCCUGUUACCUCCCUCAAUGCAGUAGUUAUUCAUGUAGCACCUUUAUAUUUUAUGUAGUAUUAUGUAUUAGUUUUUUAUGUACCCCGUUUUUAUUUUAGUGUCGUGUUAUGUAUUAGUUAUUCAUGUACCCUGU